AUGGCCAAUGUCUACGAUGACCAAGAUGGAGGCGGUUUCCGUCGACGGAGACCGCGACCGAUUACCGACUAUGGCUCAUCUAUGAUUCAGUGGAUGAGCAAACGAAAACCACCUUACAAAGGAAGCUAUCACUAUGAACAAGAAAGACCAAGCCAAAGCUAUGUUAUCGACAUAUUGCCACCCCCAGCUCGAAGAGAUGCUCCCGCCGAGUCGAUACCUGUUCGCCAUCUUCACACCUCUCUGGGAAAAUCCAAGAAGCCCGUGACGGUGGUGCGGUGGAUGCCCGAAGGUCGUCGACUUCUUGCCGGGGUGCACAAUGGCGAAUUCAUGCUGUGGAAUGGCAUGUCUUUCAACUUUGAGACUGUUACUGCUAUGGGCUCCAGUUCUCUGCGUGCUGCAGAGUGGUCUAAUCGAAAGGAUUGGCUCGUCGCGGCAAACGACGAAGGCACAGUGUAUUAUUUACAACCCACCUUGAACAACCCACAUCAAUUUAAGGGCCACGAUGCUCCCAUUAGAGAUCUGGCAUUUGCGCCCUCGGACGCGAAAUUUGUCACCGCUUCCGACGACAACACUCUCAAAAUAUGGGACUUUACUUCCUCCACCAACGAGUCGACAUUUACAGAGCAUGGAUGGGAUGUAAAAGCCUGCGACUGGCAUCCUACCAAGGGCCUCGUGGUGUCGGGAAGCAAAGACCACAGCGUACGCCUCUGGGAUCCUCGGACAUGCAGGAAUCUGACAACACUGCAUGGUCACAAGAACGCCAUCACGGCCACUGUUUUCAGCCGUCUCCGCGAUCAGUUGCUUGCUACCGCCGGGAGAGACGGUCAAACCCGUAUCUUUGACUUGCGGAUGAUGCGCGACGUUGCCAUCUUGCGCGGUCAUGACAAAGGCGUGACCACAUUAUCAUGGCACCCAAUCCACCCGAGCCUCAUCAGCACCGGCGGAGACGAUGGCUCCCUGCAUUCCUACUUGCUCACCGAACCAAACACCCCCGCUGGCAUCUCCUCCACAACAACCUCGCCCUACGCAUCGUCAGACCCUCGCUCCGCGCCAGCACAAUCAAUCUAUCCCGCCCACCGCAUAUCUCACGCACAUGAUUCCUCGAUCUGGUCCAUCGACUGGCACCCCCUGGGGCAUAUUCUCGCCUCCGGCUCAAACGACCACUAUACGCGGUUCUGGUCCCGCGCCCAGCCCGGGCAGACUACCUGCUUCAAAGACCAGUUCCACCUGGGCGAGGAAGGAGCAGAGGCACAGGGCACUUGGGAUAGAAAGUUUGGGAAGAAGCAGGCCAGGGAGCUGGAGGAGCAAGAAGAGCAAGAUGAGGCGGAGGGCUUGGAGGAUCAGGCAAACCAGGGACAGGCAGCGGCUGCCGGAGCAUUGUCAAUUCCCGGUUUGCCUGGUCUCCCCGGCAUAGGGAUGAACGGGUCGACACAACCGAUUCCAGGCAUAGGCAAUGUUCCGCCACCGUCAUUAUCGCUCUUGUCAGGCCUGCAGCAUAACGCUGGUACAACUGGUAUCCUAGGCCAGCCUUCCUCGCGAGGUGGUGCGGGCCAGGCUCAUAUGACAGUGCCUUCACUUCCCCCCUUCCCUCCCGUGCCAGGGAUGGACGCGGAAUCUCUCCAGCGUCUCCUCGCCUUCACACAACAACAACAACAGCAGCAGCAGCAGCAGCAGCAGCAACAGCAGCAACAGCAACAGCCGCCGCCGCAGCAAUCGGGCCACCAACCACUCCCAACCACCUCCGCCGUGCCGCCGAUUGACUUUACAAGACUCACCCUGCCGCCUGGUUUCCCACCCCCUCCGCCCACCGCUGGCGGUCAAAUCCCACCUCCCAUGCUCAGCGCAGCUCCCGGGACUGGCAUUCCCGGCAUCGGACUCGGCGGCAUUCCAGGCCUCUCGGGCAACGGUGCCGCCGCGCCAACAAACGGCCUCAACAACCCCGGUACCUCCACCUCCGCCGCCGCCGGCACCGCGGGCAGCAUGCGCAGACGAGCGCCCCUGCCCAGCCAGAGCGAGGGAUUCAAGGCCGAGCAAGCGAGGGGCAAUUAUCGCGUGCCGCGAUAG